AUGGUGAAGUCGUACCUGCGCUACGAGCGCGCGUGCUCUUUCGGCGUGAUCGCCUCCGUGGAGGGCAAUGUCAUUUAUGAUGCCAGCGGGCGCUUCGCCAUUGCGCCAGCGCUGCAGGACGUGGCCGUGUGGAACGUGCGUCAGGGCAACAAGGUGCGCGACCUUCUGGCGCCCGAGAGCGGUGGUGGCCAGGUCACAGCAUUGGCACUGAGCCCCGACGGCAACGAUGUAGCCUGCGGCUACUCGACCGGAGCUGUGCGCGUGUUCAAGCUGGCUACAGGUGCGCUGGUGGUGACGUUGGAUGGACACAAGGGAGCAGUGGAGGCGCUGGCGUACCGCGCGGACGGCGCCGAACUAGCCUCGGGCUCGCGCGACACGGAUGUGAUCGUAUGGGACCUGGUGAGCCAGACAGGCCUCUUCCGUCUAAAAGGCCACAAGGACGCCGUCACAGCGCUGGUCUUCCUGACACCCGCGACGCUUGCAUCCUGCUCCAAGGAUACGCUCCUCAAGGUCUGGGACCUCGAAACGCAGCACUGCGUGCAGACGUGUGUAGGACACCGAAAUGAAGUGUGGUCACUAGCUGUGAACCCCAGCGGAAACCGGCUGCUGACCGGCGCGUCCGACAACCAGCUACGUGUGUGGAGCGUGCAGCACGAGGAUGAAGAGGAAGGAGAGACGGUCAAGCUCUUGGGCUCCAUUUACAGACAGAGCAACGACCGAGCUGCCCGAGUGGCGUACAACCCCAAGGGUGAUUUGGUCGGCAUACAGAGUGCUGGGAAGACGGUGGAGAUCUACCGCGUGCGAUCGGCCGACGAGAUCAAGAAGAAACGCCAACGUCGUGAGAAACGUCAGCGCGAGAAGGCCAAGAAGAAACAACAACAGGUCGACGAAGCCGGAAAGAACCAGAAGAUUGUCAUUCCAAAGACUCAGGAUGCGGACGAGGAGGAUGCCGCGGACAACUCGGCCACGGAUGAGCUGGAGCUGCUCUGUGUGGUGCGAUCGUCGCACCGCGUCAAGUCGUUCUCCUUCUCUCCUGAUGUCGCAAAGGAUGGCACCACGUCGCUGAUGCUUGGUCUGCAGAACAACAGCAUCGAGACGUACACACUGUCUCCCAGUGCAGCAGCGCUCGAGGACCGAUACGGCAAGUCGCAUGCGCUCACACUCAGUGGACACCGAUCGGAUGUGCGCCAAGUUGCUAUCAGCUCGGACGACCAGCUCAUCUUGUCGCUGUCAGGCGCGUCUGUGAAGAUCUGGAACGCUCGCUCGUUGCAGUGUAUCCGCACACUGAGCGACGGUCUGUCGCUGGCCUUGUCGGCGGUGUUCGCGCCGGGUAACAUGCACGUUGUUGCGGGAACGAAGCUGGGCCAGCUGCUGCUGCUCGACCUGAACUCGGGCGAGUGCAUCUGGAAGGACGAGGAGGCGCACAACGGCAGCGCUGUGUGGUCCAUCGACGUGCGUCCCGAUGGACGUGGCAUUGUUACUGGUGGUGCUGACCAGCAUGUCAACUUCUGGGACUUUGAGAUGCUCCGCCCGAACGACGCGGAACCCAAAAGUGCGUUGCGUCUUGGUCUAUCACACGCGCGUAUGCUCAAGAUGUCGGACGACGUGCUGUGCGUGCGCUUCAGCAACACGAAGGACCCGAAGAAACUGGUCGUGGCGGUGGCUCUGCUGGACUGCACGGUCAAGGUGUUCCACGACGACUCGCUCAAGUUCUUCGUGAGUCUGUACGGCCACAAGCUUCCGGUGAUGUCUAUGGACAUUUCGUCGGACGAUGCCAUGCUCGUGACUGCGUCUGCGGACAAGAACGUCAAGCUGUGGGGUCUGGACUUCGGUGACUGCCACAAGUCGAUCUUCGCGCACCAGGACAGCAUCAUGUGCGUCCGCUUCGUGCGCAAGACCCACUACUUCUUCACUGCAUCCAAGGACAAGUCGAUCUGCUACUGGGACGGCGACCACUUUGAGCGCAUUCUAAAGAUCGAUCGCCAGCAUUUCGGCGAAGUGUGGGGUCUCGCAGUCAGCGGCGAUGGGAGUUUUGUAGUGAGCUGCUCACAGGAUCGUUCGCUGUGCAAAUAUGUUCGCACAGAGGACCAGGUGUUCACCGAGGAAGAGAAGGAGAAAGAGAUGGAGCAGCUCUUCGAGGACGAACUGGUCAAGAACAGCAACAACAAGGCCCCCGCCAUGGGCAAGGAGAAGGGAGGGGAGGACGAGGGGGACAACGAGAACUCGGCAUCCGCUGCUAAGCGCACCAUCGAGUCGGUUCGUGCCGGUGAGAGCCUGAUGGAGGCCAUCGAUCUUGCCGAGACCGAGCUGCAAGCCAUUGCAGACUUUGAGCGUGUGCAGAGGAAGAAGGCGAAGGAGACUGCAGCCGCCGCGAAGAAGCGUAAACAGGAGAAGAAGAAAGCUGCCGAGAAGGCCUUGCCUGGCACUGAAGACGAGAAGAUUGAGACUGAAGAGGCUUCCAGCAAGCCCGAGAAGGCGGCGAAGCGUCCACCCAACAUGCUGCUAUUGGGCUACUCGCCGCUCAAGUACGUGCUGCACACUCUGCGACGUAUUCGACCGCACGACAUGGAGGAGGCGCUUAUCGUGCUGCCGUUCGACUACGUGGAGCGGCUGAUCCGACUGCUGCUGCAGCUGAUCUCGAGCCACUUGGAAGUGGAGUUUUGCUGUCGCGUGCUGCUCUUCUUGCUCAAGCUGCACAAUUCAGCCAUCUGUGCGCGGGUGGGUCUGUUCAACGAGCUGGAACUGCUGUGGCAGCGACUGCGCUCGCAGCUCGUGGAGAGCAAGAGCCGCAUCGGCUUUAACUUGGCCGGCCUCAAGUAUUUAAAACGCACGAUCGACGAGGAGCGGACCGGGUUCGUGCAGGAAAUUGCUGCCGCGCCUGCGAGCGGUGCUGGCCGCAACAAGAAGAAGCGCAAGGUCGAAGCGUAAAUCUGACACAUCGUAGGGAAGUUAAACUCGAUUCAACUCGGAACUGUAGCGACCGGGGUCAAUAGACGA